UGUUAGAGCUAGAGGAGUUCGUUUCUUUCUCUGCCCAGAGGGACACGGGCACAUCUCCCCCUUUGCUUGGCCACGCGGCCAGCAGAAGGGGAUUCGGGGCUUGUGCCCUUCCCCAUCCCGCUCCCGAAGGCUGUCUGGGGGCCCCUUUGUGCCAGGGGAAACCAGACCCUGUCCCUCUCCCAUACAUCUGAGUAGCCAGUACUUGUCCCCCACGCCCUGGAGCCAGGUAAAAUGAUUUUCACAAGGGGGAAGGCCAUCUGCUUAGUGGCAGGGCCCGGCUGGCUCUGUUUUGUAACUGUCCAGUUUUAUUUUAAUUUAACUUGUUUUGUGAGCCGUUGUGCUCUUUCCUCCUCCCUGGGCCCAGCCCUCAUUUCAGUGUUAAAUGGAAACGUGCCACCUUCCCUCCCCCCACCCUCCACCAGCCAGUCUUCCCAGAGUCCCGGCUGUUAGUCCUGUCCCUCCUUCUCCAGCUGAGCUUCCUGAGCUGGUUCCCAGGCUGGGUUAGCCAGAUGCCUGAGCCACCCCGUCCCCUCUUCCCUCUCAGGACCUGUCCUGGGACCCUGGCCGACUUCCUAGGGAAAGGCCGGGAGAGCCAGCGUGGGGGGUAGCGGUGGGGGGAGAGCUGAGUGGGGCCUAGCUCUCCCCAACCCCAAGCUUGUGUACCUCGUGGCUGAAGGCAGUGGUAGAAGCACGUGUGUGCCCCCUUCUUACAGGGGUCGGGGGUGGGGUGGGUGCCUACUGGGGGGCACCUGGGCCAACAGUAUUGCCCCAUUGUCCCUUUUUCAAAAACAAAAUGCCCUUGUUUGUAAACCCUUCUUAGAAGCUUGAAAAUAAAAAAAAAAAAAAAUAAUAAAAAACCACCACCAAAAAGCCCUUUUCCUUAGCUGUGUCCUGAGUGGAGAAGGGGUCCUGGGAGUGGGAGGUGGGAAUGUGGGAGGAGGAGAUAGUAUGGUAAGAGAACUGGAGGUGAGGGAGGGGGGACGAUGGGGCCAAUGGUGGGGGCUGAGGCCUCAGUGGGAGAAAGGAUUCAUUCUCCUACCUGGAUUGGGUCUUUGGUCUUCCCGAUGUGGGGAGGUCAGGUGAGACUAUUCUUAAUCCUGUGUCUCCCAAUAUAGCGACUAAGGCCUUGAGCUGCUCUUUCCUGCUCCAAUGGGCUUAGCUCAGGUGUCACUUUGGGGAGCCCCCCCCCCCCACCUGCCUGGAUCUGCAGCCCUGCCAAUGGAUACCUUUUCCCCGAGGUGGCAGAGGGAGGGGGAGGCCAUGUGUUUCCAAUCCUGUCCCGAGCCUCUGGGUCUCGAGACUCGGGAGUGGCUGUCCACAGCCCCACGUCAGCGCUAGUCCUGGCUGCAGCCAGUCCCAUCCCAGAAAGGCGGGAGGCCAGUUACAGCAGACUCCAAGGACACUCCCGGGUCCCUUCGAGGCAGCAUGGUGGGAUUGGCCGCUUUCCUCCUUCCCCUCCUCCUGCAGGCUCCCACAGCUCCCCCAGGGAGGAUGGGUCUACCAGAACCUUUCUCCUCUCUCUGUUGCUCCCAGGACAGCCCUGGGGGAGGUAGAGUCCGGCAUGAACCCAGCAUCACGCAGCUUUCUCUGCGGCCAGUUGGCCUGUCUCCUGCCCUGCCUAGUCCUGGACCUCGGCGCCCACCCUUCAACUUGAUUGUCUCUAGCUCGGACACGUUCCAGAGGUCCCCAGGGCCAUGCGUGGUGCCAGCCAACAGUCCUGUGUUUGUGGAGGCCUCCUUGGCUCAGCCCUCUUCACGAUGGGGCCUUUUUUUGCACCGAUGCUUCCUGUCACCUUCCUCGGACCCGACCCAGGGCUCCCCACUCCUGCUGCUGCUAAGGGGUGGCUGUCCGGCAGAAGCCUCUGUCUCCUUCCACCCCCCACCCCCCGGGUCCCUGCCCCAAACCAGACUCAGUUUCCGCCUGCGCCCCAUCUUCAACGCCUCCGUGCAGUUCCUACACUGCCAGCUGGGCCUCUGCCGUCGCCGGGGGGCCCCAAGGAGAGGGCCCCGCAGUGCUGACCAGCCCCCAGGGUGUCUGUCCCAGGAUGAAGCCUGCACCGGCAGUGGAAGCAGGGAGGAGGUCGCAGGAGAAAGCCCCCGAGUGCACAUGCUGUCCCAGCCCAUCAUUGUCACUGUGCCCCACCCCCCCCACAGACCCCCUCGCUUCUCCCCUGAUCAGUCACAAACCAGCCUGGGCCAGGUCCUUCCUUCUGCCCCCCAAGGCACCGGCUGCGGGGGUCUGGACCCUGCCCCGGUUGUGGCCAUUGCUGUGUCUGCCUUCAUCCUGGGGGCUGUCCUCACCGCCAGCUUGGGUCUGAUCUAUGUGCAGACAGCUCCACCCCCACCGAGGGCAGCCCCUGGCGGAUCUCCAAGCCCCUCCCAGCCUAGGAGGUCUCAGGAAGAGUAGGGUCCUGGUCCUAUGAGCAGAACCGGGAGGAUGCUCCAUCCUCAUGGUCACACUACAGCCCUGUUUCCCUCUCCCUAGGAUCUCCAAACCUGAAAAAUAAACCUGACUUUUCUGCAGCUGGAAGCCCUGUACAAUGACAGACUAAGGGGAGGGGAAGAGGGGCCCACCCCCCAGGAGUCCCAAGACCCCAGCUCUUGUCAGUAUGGGCUGUGUGUAGCCUUGAGUAAAUUCAUUUCUCCUUUCAAUUCAACAAAAAAUGAAUGAACACUUAUUAUAUGGCAGGCUCUGUAUUAAGAACAGAACAGUCUUUUUACAAUUUUAUUGGGGGGAGGAGAUUCGCCCCAAGACCCCAAACUCACAGGAAAAGAUCUGCCCUAGAGCUCACGUUAGAGAUAUUGGACAUGGGACUGAGCUAGGCCUUUCUGACUCCAAGGCUAGCUGUAGAUCACCCCAUCUCUGUCUCUAAAGAAAUUGCAGAUUUAGCUUUUGAUGAUGUUUCCCUGAAAGUGGCCCAGGGCAGUUCCCAAAGGUGAUGUUGUAGAGGAAAUUUUCUUUAUGUCUACAAGGCCAGAAUCUAGAAGAUCAUGUUAAGUAAUGAAGAAUUCCCCCUCCUUUGUAGAAUUGUUGUCUUGGAACUACCUCCUGUCAACUGAGCACCGAUCUCCUCCGGGAGCUGCUCCUGCCAGCAUUAGCUGGUCCGGGGUUGGAGAGGGAAAGAAGGCAGAGUCUGUCCAUCUUCCCUUUUUGCUGAACUAAAAUAAACGUACAAGGGAAUAGGAAGAGUGAGAGACCUCCCUGUUAACUUGAUAGACUCUGAUGAAGGAAGGGGCCAGCUCAUCAAUCAGUGGACUAGCCUCUGACUGGCACCUGUCAUCUAGGAAUCGGCUCUAUUCACGGGGAGCCAAUCAGAGGCAAGAUCUUUGCCAAGGUGUUGAGAUACAUGCUUACCCGCACUAGAAGUGCCUUUUAGAUGCUUACAGGCAAAAAAAUUCCCUUGUAGUCUUACCUAUUUGGGAGAGCUUGUUAAUCCCUUUGAUCAGGGAUUCUUAUUGGCCUUUUUAAGCUAGACUCUGGGUGACAAAGGUUUGGCAAAAAUCCAGACCUCCUGACGGGGCUCCAGUCCUCUAGGUACAGAAGUCAGGGUGGUGAUUCUCUUCCUUUGAAAAUAAUAAAUUUUGGGGCA